AUGCAGCGGUGGAAAGAUGGGUGUCCUGUAGAUGAAAUUAGCACUAUGGUUCUUCUAUUUCCACAUGAGGAGCCAGAUGCCGUAGCAAAAGGCUCUUCCCUCCAUCGUGUCGCCAAGCAAGUCUCGCCAAGCUUCUCCUACGCUGAUAAGCUUACGGCUGAAAUCGUGAAUCUUUCUAACAGAAAUGUUCCCUACGGCCACGCCAUUAACGGAUUUCUUUACGUUCCAGACCUAUCUAAUGAAAAUAAUUGUACCGAUAUUGCGGAGCCGCAUAUUCCAGCCAAUGCAACUCGACGAGCAAGCCUGCCGCCCAGCGAUUACACUCUCAUAGCAGUAGCACCAUGGCUUUCUGCCAAGUGUACCUUAUCGCUAAUGAAAGCUGCAAGUAUGAGCCCCACAAGAGGCUUCAUAUUCUAUCUUCCCAACGGUGGGCUGGAAAAGUCACCAUCUAGUAGUUCAAUUGUAUGGGACCUUGGAGAUAAUGAAGCUUGGAAAGACACAUUUCAAUUUCCGGUUUACGCUAUUCCAACUAUCAUUGGCGCACAGCUGAUGACACAACUGGGACUUUAUUCUGGUAAUGUGACGGAAGUACCUCAUGGCUAUGAGAUAGCAGGCACAACCGGUACCGAUCCAAGAGAUUACGUACGGCUCUAUACGGAAAUUAAAAUUGCAAACGACAAUCGACUCCCACGAUUUUGGGCACUUCAAAUCUUCACAAUGUUAGUCGUGGUUUCUGGAGGAGUAACGCUUUUGAUAUAUUUGAUGCAAAAUAGUCAUCAGAAGUCUUUGCGUCGGAAAAUCAAAAGUGGUAAAGUCAAUCUCGGAGCUAGUAGAUUCAAGUGCUUGCGUGUACCAGCUUCAGACAUCGAAAAACUUCCACUCUUCACUUAUUAUCUUGACAAAAAAGAAGCGCAGUUAUCAACAAAUUCAAUACCAACAAGCAUAUCCUCACCUAUAGACAAGGAAUCAUUAGCCUAUCCACUUCAGCCCUUGGUAUAUGUAAUCACAACAAUGACCCAUCGGUCAGAAUCAUUUCCUUACAAGAGAUUUCUACCGCACCAUCAGCCAAUUUGUGCUUUCUGUUUCGGCGCAUUUCGCUCGGGUAUUUCUCAAGUUCGUGAACUCCCGUGUCAUCACAUUUUUCAUCCUACAUGCAUUGAUUCCUAUCUAAAUUCCUGUUCCUCUCUCUGUCCAAUAUGCAAGCAAAGUGCACUUUCGCUUGCAUCUUAUCAAGUAGAGGCAGCAAACGUCAAUGUAUAUCCUGAGAGAGUAUCAAUAAGUAGAUAG